AUGCGCAAAGACGUUUAUCCGGCGGAAGCAAGUGCCCACACGUGUGUUUGUUUUUAUUCCGGUUUUGUGAUCGAUAACUGCAUUUGACAGUUUCAGGUACCCCUGACCCGUCUCAUACAGGUUUAGAAUGAGACAUAUGUUGUACCUGUCUCAGUUGGCAAUUGCAAGAUACAGGCCAGGAACAUCUCUCGUACCAGGCAGUGUUCCGGAACCAUUGUGGCACAACCAACUUGUUUGGAGGUCCUUUUCAGAUUCCAGCCAGCAGCUGCCAGUCCUCACCUUGUACACCAAGCACCCCUGUCCUCUCUGUGAUGAUGCCAAGGAAGAACUGAAACCAUUAUCUCAUAAGUUUACACUGAAGGAAGUUGAUAUCACAGACCCGUCUAAUAAGGAGUGGUUCAACAAGUAUCGCUAUGACAUCCCAGUGUUUCAUUUUGAAGGAGAGUUUCUCAUGAAACACAAGGCUGAUGUCAAUGCUUUGCAAAAUGCAUUGGAUAAAUUCAAGAAGAAAACAAUUUCAUGACAACAGUGUCUUGUAGGAAAAGAUAUGCAUAUGGAAUUCUUUCUUGACUGGGGUGUGCAUGAGCUUGUGUGUCUGUUUCAGUUUCCUUGAUCUCAAUGUCUAUAAUUAUGUAUUUUGAUUUUCUUACAUAUCAGGGGGCACGGGUGGCCCAGUCGUCUAAGGCGCCGCAAUUCGCUGUCCCUUGGGCACGCCAGAAACCUAUGAUUGUGGGUUCGAAUCCCGGU